CCCCAGCUAACAGAGGCACCUUAGUCUCUAGUGCAGCACUGCACCUUCUGUCAGCCCAGGGCCACUAGGAGGCAACUGAGGCUCUAAGCAAACAGAGCCUUAACAGAGCUGGACUUGGCAGCAGCUUGCAAAGAGGCGUGACUAUACAAUCCUGAGGAGGAAAAUGCUGUGGGUUGCUAGCAGCUUCAACAGUCUUUUCUUCUCCUCAAAAGGGCCAUUAUUGUUUUGCUGCCUGCCUGCUCAGUUCCCUUUCUGGUUAUGGUCAAAGACAUGUUACUAUCCCACAGCAACUGAGGAUGGACCAGCAGCACUUGCCCGGAGGGGGCAUCCAAGAAGAACCUGACAAGUGCACAUUCUCACCAGCGCAUGGUUGGAUGCAAUGGGACUUGGUGACCACAGGAGCUCUGCCUAAGAGAAGGCUGGGAAAACUGCAGAAGAAAGACCCAGGAUUCCACUGAGAAGCUUCUAAAGGCACUGCACAAUCCUAUACAUGUUUACUAAAAAAUAAACCCCACUGAGUUCAAUGGUGCUUACUGCCCGAACAAUAAAACUGGAUGUUUUCUCAUUUCCAUUGAAGACCAUGUCAGAAAGCACAAAGGAGGGGGGAAUCCUCACCAGACGCACCAACUGAGAACAAGAUGCAGAAGCUCCUCAUAUUCUGGCUCUCACAGCCCCUCUCAGCCUUCAUCAUUUUGGCCAACAUCUUCAUCAUCAUUGGGAUCCUCUUCAACCGGAAACUCCAUGGCACCACCAACUGGUUCUUCUUGAGCCUACUCUUUGCUGAUCUUCUGGCUGGAGUAGCCCUUCCAUAUGUUCCUGAGCUGUCCUUUGAGAAGGACCUGGACUACCACAGUUGCUUCUUCAACCAUGUGGCACCCAACUUCUUUUUCCUCGCUUUCCUAGCCAACUUGCUGGUGGUGCACUAUGCAAAGUAUGUGUGCAUCAUCCACCCAUUGCGCUACCACUGCUCCUGGGUGAAUCGCUGGGCUAGUCUUUACAUACUCCUAGCCUGGACAGCUCCUUUGAUCUUUGCCUGCCUCCCACUAGCUUGGAAUCAGUGGAAGCCCCAUGCCAACUGUUCCUUCAGUUUGGUCUUCCCCAUUCCUUACCUCUACCUGGAGACCUAUGGGUUCCUCAUUCCAGCCAUCCUUGCCAUGACCUUUAUGUGCAUCCAGGUGUUGUGUGUAGCCCGAAGGCAGCUAAAGAACAUUACAAAACUCCUUCAUUCAGUGAACCAAGGACAGGCCCCUUCGGAGCUGGAGCAGCAACUGGAACUGAGAAGCGCUAAGAGCAUUGCCAGCAUGUCCCUUAUCUUCUUGGUCUGCUGGGUGCCAUACAUUGCUUGCUUGAACAUCUCACUGCUAUCUAUAAACCAUAAGGUCGGUCCACUACUUCUCAUUAUUGUCACCUGCAUCGGCACUGGCAGUGCAGCUGCAGUACCCAUCAUCCUCAGUUUCAGCAACCGUCAGUACACACAGUUUUGGAUGGAUAUGGCCACCAAAGUCUGUGGAGGCUGCUGCCAAAGACAAGGGUGCAGGGAAAGGCGAGCCAAACCAAAGGCUAACCUGCCACAGGGACAUCUUUGCCCCACAGAGGCAAACCCAGUUGAGGCACCAGGCGGUCACCUUCCUAGUUCAGAGGCAGCAAAUUGUCUCUAGCAGCAAGAAAAACCAUGACAUGCAUAAAACUAUCUACCAGGAGUGUAAGGCAGAGUUUUGAAAAAGGUCAUGGUAAUAAUCUAUAAGUCGCCCUGUACUUCUUUUGGCCAAAAGAAAAGACUACUUUCCUGCCCCCGUUUGAUUUCCCUGACUGGACUGUGAAUUUCCCAUGGAUAAGUAUUACUUCUAUGUUUGUUGAUCAUUAAUGGAAUCCGACACCCAAUUAUCAGAUUAAUUGGCUUGAUCCACCAGGCGUAUUCCUGGUUUUUUCACAGUAUCUGUACUCAUUGUUGCCCGAUGCAACAGAAUCCCCAACGACUGGGUUUCUGUGGAUGACUUUGGUGCUCAUCAAAGCAGAAUUAGCUCUUUAUGUGGAAACCUUCACAUUUU